GUAGAUGUGCGUAAUCAGCACUUUAUUACACUUUGCCUCUUCUCUUCGAACGCUUUGAAUUAUUUUCUCAAUCAGUAACUGCAAGGCUAUUAUUUAUAUUUGCAAUUACGCUACGAAAAAAUGGCAUCAGUUACGAUACUUAGUAAAGAUGUGCCUGAUAUCGAAAAUCUUCUAGCUUUAAAUCCAAAAAUAAAACCAUUUGUAAGUCUUGUUCCUUCAGCGUAUACCAAGGAGAAUAAGAAGAAAUGGAAAAGAAACAUUAACGAAAAUUGUAAUGUUAGAUGUUCAUCCCUAGCGAAAAAUUUUGAUGACAUUAAGCGCACUACGUUAGGUGAACGCGGUGCAUUAAGAGAAGCUGCACGUUGUUUAAAAUGUGUAGAUGCCCCAUGUCAAAAAUCAUGUCCAACGCAACUAGACAUUAAAAGCUUUAUUACUUCUAUUUCAAAUAAAAAUUAUUACGGGGCAGCAAAGGCAAUUCUAUCCGAUAACCCUCUCGGUCUUACUUGCGGAAUGGUUUGUCCUACAAGUGAUCUUUGUGUGGGUGGGUGUAACUUACAUGCAACUGAAGAAGGACCCAUCAAUAUCGGUGGUCUUCAACAAUUUGCUACCGAUGUGUUUAAAAAAAUGAAUAUACCUCAAAUUAGAAUUCCUGAACAAAGUGUUCCAUAUGCCGACACUAAAAUAGCUUUGCUCGGUUGCGGUCCAGCCUCUUUGUCUUGUGCAACAUUUCUUGCACGAUUGGGUUAUGAUAACAUUACAAUUUUUGAAAAGCAAAAUUACAUUGGUGGUUUAAGUUCGUCAGAGAUCCCGCAAUACCGAUUACCAUAUGAUACUGUCGACUUUGAGAUAAAUCUCGUCAAAGAUUUAGGAGUAAAAAUCGAACUCGGUAGAGCAUUAUCCGAGAAUGACUUAACAAUACAGGGUCUUCAAAAUUCCGGGUAUAAGGCAAUCUUUUUAGGAAUUGGUCUUCCUGAAGCAAAAACUAUUCCGAUUUUCUCAGAUAUUACACAAAAGAUGGGUUUUUAUACAUCGAAGAGCUUUUUGCCAAAAGUAGCGAUUGGCAGUAAACCAGGAAUGUGUGCAUGUAAAAAUAAGGAAUUGCCGGCUCUUUAUGGAAACGUUAUUGUCAUUGGAGCUGGAGAUACAGCUUUCGAUUGUGCAACUUCUGCCUUAAGAUGUGGUGCAAAGAAAGUUUUUGUGGUUUUUAGAAAAGGAUUUACUAAUAUUCGAGCUGUGCCCGAAGAACUAGAUUUAGCGAGAGAAGAAAAAUGCGAAUUCAUACCUUUCCAAUCACCGAAGCAAGUGAUAAUUCGAAAUGGAAAGAUAAUUGCAAUGGAAUUUUGUCGGACCGAGGAAAACGAGAAUGGUGAAUGGGUAGAGGAUGAGGAACAAAUUUAUAGAUUAAAAGCAGAUUUUGUUAUAUCUGCUUUCGGAUCAGGACUAGAAGAUCCGAAAGUAACGCGAGCUAUGGUACCUAUUAAAAUGAAUAAAUGGAACUUACCGGAAGUAAAUGCAGAAACUAUGAGUUGCUCUGUACCUGGAGUUUUUUGCGGUGGGGACCUUGCCGGUGUUGCUCAUACUACGGUUGAAUCUGUAAACGAUGGAAAAACUGCUGCCUGGUAUAUUCAUAAAUUUAUUCAGAAUUCUUAUAAUUUGGAAGUACCUGAGGUUCCUAUAUUACCCAAAUUUUACACUCCAAUCGAUAACGUUGACUUAUCUAUUGAGAUGUGUGGCCUAAAAUUCGAAAAUCCUUUUGGUCUUGCUUCUGCAACACCUACUACGUCCAGUACCAUGAUUAGGCGAGCGUUUGAAGCUGGAUGGGCUUUUGCUGUUACAAAGACAUUUUCUUUAGAUAAAGAUCUUAUCACAAAUGUGUCACCACGAAUAAUCAAGGGUACAACUUCUCGAUAUCAUUACGGUCCAGAACAAAGCAGCUUUUUGAAUAUCGAACUGAUAUCUGAAAAGUCAGAAGCAUAUUGGUGUACUAGCAUUACAGAGUUGAAAAAAGAUUUCCCGACCAAGAUUAUUAUAGCUAGUAUUAUGUGUUCGUACAACAGAGAAGAUUGGACGGAACUUGCACAAAAAGCUGAAACAGCCGGUGCUGACGCUUUAGAAUUAAAUUUAUCUUGUCCUCAUGGAAUGGGAGAAUCUGGAAUGGGUUUAGCUUGUGGACAGGAUCCUAAAUUAGUAAGAAAUAUUUCGAGAUGGCUUCGGGAAGCUGUAAAGAUACCAUUUUUCGUAAAAUUAACGCCAAAUAUUACUGACAUUGUCUCAAUAGCUAAAGCAGCUUACGAAGGUCAUGCUGAUGGAGUAUCUGCUAUCAAUACGGUACAAAGUUUAAUGGGAUUGCAUGCGGAUGCAACGCCAUGGCCAGCUGUUGGAAUUAAGAAGGGUACAACUUAUGGGGGAAUGUCAGGAAAUGCAACCAGGCCUCAAGCUUUAAAGGCUAUUUCUUCUAUUGCGAAAGCUUUUCCUGGAUUUCCUAUACUCGGAAUCGGCGGUAUUGAUUCGGCUGAUGUUGCUCUUCAAUUUUUACAUUGUGGCGCGUCAGUCCUACAGGUAUGUAGUGCUAUACAAAAUCAAGAUUUUACCCUAAUUGACGAUUACGUAACUGGUUUGAAAGCCUUAUUGUAUUUGAAAUCUUUGAAACAAGUGAAAGAUUGGGAUGGACAAAGUCCACCGACAUUUAAACAUCAAAAAGGAAAACCAAUUGUCUUACAACAUGCUCUUGGCAAGAAUGUACCAUACUUUGGAGAAUAUCAAAUACUUCGGGAACAAAAAAUAGCAGAAAUUAAAGUUAACUCAAAUCCACUCGAUAAACCUAUCGAAAUAACGAGACCUAUUUCGAAACCUGUUGCACCCAUUCCAACUAUAAAAGAUGUUGUUGGAAAAGCUCUAAAUUAUAUUGGUACGUUCAAGGAUUUGAAUAACAAGGAACAAGUGAUAGCAUUAAUAGAUGAUGAUAUGUGUAUAAAUUGCGGAAAGUGUUACAUGGUUUGUGCCGAUUCGGGUUAUCAAGCAAUCAAAUUUGAUCCAGAAACACACAUUCCACUAGUAACAGAUGAUUGUACAGGUUGUACUCUUUGUCUGUCAGUGUGUCCUAUUAUUGACUGUAUCAGUAUGGUACCUAAAACAAUACCUCACGUUAUUAAAAGAGGUGUCCCGCCGAAAGAAAAUAAUGAAAACAACUAA